ACAUAUGUUGUAUCAAAGACGCAUGCGCAGUUAUCGCUUCCGCGACGUACCGAGACAUCUUUCCAGUCAAAUCGCAGUGAUUGUUUUUCAAUUUUAGUCAAUAUUUAAAGGAACUUUUAUUAAUGUCAGAGCCACAGUCAGCUCUUUUACUACGUAAACAAUUAGCAGAAUUGAAUAAAAACCCAGUUGAAGGGUUUUCAGCAGGUUUAAUAGACGACAAUGAUAUUUAUCGAUGGGAGGUGCUUAUUAUUGGACCUCCGGAUACAUUGUAUGAAGGUGGCUUUUUCAAAGCACAUUUACAAUUUCCGAAGGAAUACCCCUUAAGGCCUCCUCGUAUGAAGUUUAUAACAGAAAUAUGGCAUCCAAACAUCGAAAAAAAUGGUGAUGUAUGCAUAUCCAUUUUGCACGAGCCUGGUGAUGACAAAUGGGGAUAUGAGAAGGCUUCAGAACGGUGGUUACCGGUGCAUACAGUGGAAACUAUUCUCAUAAGCGUCAUCAGUAUGCUCGCUGAUCCAAAUGACGAAAGUCCAGCUAAUGUAGAUGCUGCUAAAGAAUGGCGAGAAAGUUAUGUGGAGUUCAAACGGAAGGUGGCAAGGUGUGUCAGAAAAAGCCAAGAAGAGUGUGCGUAGGGGGAAUGAUUAUUAUUAAAACGGAAAGACUUAUUUAAUUCUGGGAAGCCGUAAGCACUGUGCAAAAGUAAAAAAAGAAAAAAAAAGUUCAGCAUUAAAGCUCAUGGACAACAGUGUCACUAAUUACGCUCGACCCAUCCUUUCGCAGAGCUGGAGGGAGAAAGUCGAUCUCUUGCAAUUUUUUUUUUUUUUUUUGUCAAGCGUUCAAAAAUUGAUCUCCGCCACCUUUUACUUACCAUCAAUUAAACGCGAAACAAAACAAGUAACUAAAUAACAUGCAGCUCACAUUUUACAAUGACUAAUCUAAUUUACAUAUUUACAAAAAAAAAAAAAAACAAAGGAAAAAACAGAAAUCACCUGUACAAUUUCUACUUUAUAUUACCUACUAGUUACUGUAAUCUAAACGUUCCCCUCUUCCAUUUCCCUUUUUUUUUUUUUAAACCAUCAUUUCCUCCCUCAUCAUCUGAUCUCCGUAUCCUUUUUAAUUAAAAAAAAAAAACAAAACAAAACAAA